UUACACGGCACAGGAGCAGCUCAGCCUCCCGGAUGGCUCAGGACCUCUGGAGUCCAUUCUGUGGCUCUCUCAGACCAGACUUUUUCCCCAUUCAGGUUGCUUUCCCCUCUGCAAGGGAAAUGGGAGUAGCAAAAUCAGGUGCAUUCUAGACUCUGAACAGUCAAGCCAGGAGGAAGUACUUGGCAGUGUGCAAGAGCCACUCCUGAAGCUGCUCCGGGCUUGCCACAGUGUUGAGUUGAGGGCACAGAGUCACCUGUUGGGUUUUGCUGCAUCUCUCGAUCUGCAAACCCCCAUCCAACUGCAAGUCCCUCAGAAGUCCUGUGUGAUUCUUCCCCAUGGUCUGGAUGGGUUGUUAUCAGAAGGGACACACUGAGGCAAAGGCAUUGACACUGGCUUUAUGCAAGUGGAAUACAGCAUGCAGCCUAAUAAGGAAUAUCAUUUUUUUCAUGAUGUGCAUUAAUCUGCCCUGUUUUCCAUACAAAAAAUGCCUGCAACUCUUGCCAAGUGGCCUUGUCCCGUCUCCUCCUUGAAAAAGUCAUUCCCAGCUACAGCUACAGCCACAACUGCAGCUAACAGUUUACCGGGAAUAAACAAGGCUCUGCAUUUUGGGUCAGCUCAGAUGGUUUUCCAGUGUCCCUCGUGACUCAUCUCUGGAAGGGUCAUCCUGAAAUACACCCCUCUACUGAUGUGAUCUUGGUACAGCCCAAAGAGUUUCAGGUUAAGAAGCUGAGGGGAUCGUUUUUUGCAGGAGUGAUUUUGGAGUUUGGUGUGCCUCAGAGCAGGGACCGACCUCAGCCAGGUACCUGAAGGAAGGGGAAUACAUCUCUAACUUGGAGCAGGAGGGAAGGGAGUACAAAAACAGAAAGAGAUGUCUUCAUCAGUUCAGCUCUUCAGAGAUCAGACAUACCACAAGCUGAAAGGGCAGUGUAUUCAGCAGAGACAGCUCUUCGAAGACCCCGAGUUUCCAGCCUCAGAUGAGUCCCUUUUCUACCAGAGAGCUCCACCAAAGAAAGUUGAAUGGAAGCGCCCGAAGGAUCUCUGUGAAGACCCCCACCUGUUUGUGAAUGGAAUCAGCUCCCAUGACUUGCACCAAGGCAGCUUGGGGAACUGCUGGUUUGUGGCUGCAUGCUCCUGCUUAGCUCUGAGGAAGCCCCUCUGGCAACAGGUGAUUCCAGACUUUGAAGAACAAGAAUGGGACUCUGAAAAGCCAGAGAAAUACGCUGGGAUUUUCCGUUUCCGUUUCUGGUGCUUUGGCAAAUGGACAGAGGUGGUGGUUGAUGAUCUGCUGCCAACAAUAGAUGGGAAGUUGAUCUACUGCCAUUCCAAUGUGAAAAAUGAAUUCUGGAGCGCGUUAUUGGAGAAAGCUUAUGCAAAGCUGGCUGGAUCUUAUGAAGCCCUGGAUGGAGGCAGUGCUGCAGAUGCAAUUGUGGAUUUCACUGGAGCAGUGGCAGAAUCUAUUGACUUGGUACAGGGCAAAUACAGUGAGAUUAUUUCUGAGCAGAUGAAGCUGUUUGAAGACUUGCUGAAAGUGCAUAAAAGAGGCGGGUUGAUCAGCUGUUUCAUCACGGCUUCCUCUGGCAGUGCCAAUGAGGUGGAGACAGCAAUGGGUCUCAUCAUUGGUCAUGCCUACUCAGUGACUGCAAUUCGGAAGCUGCACCUUGGAGAAAGGCUCACAUUCUCUUUUAAGGCAGAAAAGCUCUUCAUGAUCAGGCUGAGGAAUCCCUGGGGGAACAGAGAGUGGAAUGGCGCCUGGAGUGACAACUCUGAAGAAUGGAAGAAAGUCAGCAAUGCAGAACGUAAGAGCUUGGGACUCACUGUUGAGAAUGAUGGGGAGUUCUGGAUGACGUUUGAGGACUGGUGUAAGAAUUUCACUGAUGUGGACAUCUGCCGAAUUGUGAAUACUUCCUACUUUAGUAUCCACAAGACCUGGGAGAAGAAAAUGAUGCACGGGGCUUGGGCAAAGAAUUCAGAGCCCCUGCUAAAUCGCUGUGGUGGAUGCUUUGAUAACAAGACCUUCCUUCAGAAUCCCCAGUACAUCUUUGAUGUUAAGAAGACGGAGGACAAACUGUUGGUCUCAUUACAACAGGAGGAUCGGCGCAGGUACAAGAAAGAAGGGAAAGGAGAAAACAUCAUAAUUGGCUUUGAAAUAUUCAAGGUAGAGGAUAACAGAAGCUAUCGACUACACAAGCUGACCGUGCAGGAGAGAGUGGCCACAUCUCCAUAUAUCAACACACGCACCGUGUUCUUGAAAAGGAUCCUUAAGCAAGGCCGCUACAUCCUUAUCCCAACUACAUAUCUUCCUGGCAUCACUACCAAGUUUAUCCUGAGACUCUUCACAGAUGUGCCGUCAAAACUCAGAGAGCUGACAGCAGAUAAACCUAAAAUGACAUGUUGGAGUCUUCUUUGUGGCUAUCCACGGAGAAUCACCCAAAUCAAAAUUCACUCUGCAGAAGGUUUACAGAAGCAAGAUAGAUCAGGUGUCUGUGGUACCAAAUCUCAUCUGUUCAUAAGGCACUGAAGGAAAGCAGAGAUGAUUCACUCCAGCAGCUUCCCUGUUGUCUUGAGUUCUUCUGAAUGUUUCUUACCAGCAUUGUUUUUUCUAUAAGUAUCUCCGUCUCACAGGGUACAUUCAUAGAUUGUUUUACAGAAUGGCACUUCUUAUAGCAGCUUUAGACAAAUGGAGUUGGUAGAGAGCAUAAAUAAGAAAAUCGUGAAGCCAAAUGUGCACAUUUGUGCUACACAAUAAAAGCAAGCUGUGCAGUGACAAGGCUAACAACCCAUAGCUGGCACUCUGCCUUCUAAGGGCGCCUUGCUGGGAAGCUUGGCAAAGUUCCUGAUUGAUACUAGUGUCCAUUUUUUGGUAAUGUGAAAAGCUGGAUAUGGCACAUUUCUCAUCUUUGGUGUUUUUUGUUGUUGUUGUUUGUUUGUUUGUAUUUUAGAUUAAAAAGAUUGUAUAUAGAAAUUCACCGAAGCACACUUUAUGGCUGGGUUGUAAAUACAUACUAGGAAGUGAUGUGUUAAUGUGUGACGUUAAAUAUCGCAUAUUCUGAGAUUGUUUCCUAAUACUGCCACAAAAGAAUUCAAUUCAUUGUCAUCUCUCAUCUCCUUGGCUUCUUUCUCUCUGGUUUUUCUGAAUCCAUGUCUGGACGCUUUCCCAUGCUUAUCUCAAGGAGAAAUAGCAGCCAGGUAUUCAAAAAAGACUUAUUUGCAUUGGGAUCUCAAAUCAGCUAUCUCACAAGUGAGUUUAGACCUCAGUCACAUGGGUAGUUACCAAAUUGCAGCUUUACCUGCCACCAGCAGCAUUUCCUGAUGUGAACUUGACUUAAAAAUCAGCAGCAGCCUCCUGUCUAAUUGGUACUGUGAGAUGAGGGAAAAGGCCACAUGGCAACUCCCAUUGGGAGCGACAAGGAGAGAUUUCCCUUCAGGUUAGGCACAGUCAAUGUUUAUUCAAGUAGAAAAUGGGUAGAUUAACUGGUAGUCUUUGCUGUGAAGAGGGCCUCACACACAGGUUACUCAUUUUCUGGCUGCAAAGGUUGAUAGCAACUUGUUUCCAUGUGAGCUGCUGUAUCAGAUUAUCCCCACCGUGCUUUUCACAAGCGUUUCUUGAUUUCUCAAUCUACUGAUCUGCAGCAUCUCAGCUCUCAAGCUGCUGCUUUUCUUCUGCUCAGUCUGUCAUCAGUCAGCGGUAUUCCCCCUUGUCCAGCUCCCUGCUUGAUUUGUGUGAAGCAUCGCUAUCGUCCCUUAGCACAAAGAGAAGACAGAACUUGAUGAUAAUGAAGGAAGGUAUGUUUCUUUGCAGAGCAUGUGAGAGCUGAGACACCUCAUUACAUUUCUGUGACAAACUGUCCUGAAAACACCAGGAUAUCUCUAUACUCUGACACCGGUGUAUGUGGCUGUGCAAAGUAAGAGGAACCCGAACACCUUUUGUUGGUGUAUCUUGGAUAGAGGGAUCUUAGACUUAAAUGAACUGUUCAUCACAUAAGCCCGUCGCUGUUAUCUGAGAGUUGCACACAACUUUCUGAGCAACUCCAGGAGGAGAAUGAAGAUUGCAUAGCAAGUACACACCCAGCCUGGCUCAUGAACUGGUUGUCAUCAGAACCCUGCUCC